UGCAUGAAUCUCCAGAGCCCCUGGCACCCAGAAAGAACUGGACCCUUAACUUGCACCCAACCCAAGGCAAAGAGGAAGGGCCUUGGGCGCAAAGAGGAUAUUGGACCCCUGGAAUUCUGGUUCCACUUUCCUUUGCCCAGGGUGGCGCUCCCCAGCCCCCCACCUCCCCUCCCGGGCAUCAUGCAUCGGACCACACGGAUCAAAAUCACGGAGCUGAACCCUCACCUCAUGUGUGCCCUCUGUGGGGGGUACUUCAUCGACGCCACUACCAUCGUGGAGUGCCUGCAUUCCUUCUGCAAAACCUGCAUCGUGCGCUACCUGGAGACCAACAAGUACUGCCCCAUGUGUGACGUGCAGGUCCAUAAAACCCGGCCGCUGCUGAGCAUCAGAUCUGACAAAACCCUCCAAGACAUUGUCUACAAACUGGUCCCUGGGCUUUUUAAAGACGAGAUGAAACGGCGGCGGGAUUUCUAUGCAGCGUACCCCCUGACAGAGGUCCCCAAUGGCUCCAACGAGGACCGUGGCGAGGUCCUGGAGCAGGAGAAGGGGGCUCUGAGUGACGAUGAGAUUGUCAGCCUCUCCAUUGAGUUCUACGAAGCUGUCAGGGACCGAGAGGAGAAGAAGGGGCCCCUGGAGAAUGGGGACGGGGACAAGGAGAAGACAGGGGUGCGUUUCCUGCGAUGUCCAGCAGCUAUGACCGUCAUGCAUCUUGCCAAGUUUCUUCGCAACAAGAUGGAUGUGCCCAGCAAGUACAAGGUGGAGGUUCUCUACGAGGACGAGCCCCUGAAGGAAUACUACACCCUCAUGGAUAUUGCCUACAUCUACCCCUGGCGGCGGAACGGCCCUCUCCCCCUCAAGUAUCGGGUCCAGCCAGCCUGCAAGCGGCUCACCUUGCCUACAGCACCCACCCCCUCCGAGGGCACCAACACCAGUGGGGCAUCAGAGUGUGAGUCAGUCAGCGACAAGGCUCCCAGCCCGGCCACCCUGCCGGCCACCUCCUCCUCCCUGCCCAGCCCAGCCACCCCCUCCCAUGGCUCUCCCAGCUCCCACGGGCCCCCGGCCACCCACCCUACCUCCCCCACUCCCCCUUCAGCAGCCAGUGGGGUCACUACAGCUACCAACGGGGGCGCCUCGAACUGCCUGCAGACAACAUCCUCUACCAGCAGGGGGCGCAAGAUGACUGUCAAUGGAGCUCCUGUGCCCCCCUUAACUUGAGGAAAGGGACCUCCUCCCUUUCCGGCCAUGCCUUUGCAACCCUCCACUUUUUCUGGGCUCCUUUUUCCACCUCUUCUACUUUCCCCAGCUCCUCCCACCUUAGGGGUAGGGGGGCGGGUUUUAUAAAUAAAUCUAUCUAUAUAUAUAUGUACAUAGGAAAAACCAAAUAUACAUACUUAUUUUCUAUGGACCAACCAGAUUAAUUUAAAUGCCACAGGAAACAAACUUUAUGUGUAUGUGUAUGUGUGGGAGAUGGGUGUUCAUUUUUAGGGGUUCUUGUAGAAUUUGCUCCACUUUCUUUUGGGGGUGCCUGGCUGGACUGGAGGGGCCACUUGAGGCUCAGUGAAGCUCUGCCCCAUCCUCCUCCCAAGGAAUAUGGGGUGUUGGGGGGCCACCAGCCCCCAAAGCUUUAGGCACAACUCUGGCUCUGUUUGGGGUCCACCCUCUUUCUCUCCCCAUCUUGGCUGCUGUCCUGCCCUGAGCCAACCAGGACCCCUCCCCCCGGAGCCCCUCCUCCAUGUUGAAUGUCCAGCAACUUGCUAAGACAGUGCCUUUUACAAAUGCAGUUUACCCCCUGGUUGUGAGGAGUAAGCUGCAGUGGAGAUGGUAUCUCCCUUCCCUCCUCCUCUUGCAGUGGCAACUUU